AUGCUAGGUAUCAAACACCUUCGUACUACGGCUUACCACCCACAAGCUAAUGGUAAGGUGGAACGCUUGCAUCGAACCCUGAAAGCAGCCAUCAAGUGCUACAGAACAGAGCGUUGGGUAGAAGUGUUACCAAUUAUACUCCUCGGUCUUCGUUCAGCACCUGCAGACGACUCUGGUUUCGCACCUGCCGCCCUCGUCUUUGGCACCGCACUCCGCCUUCCAGGAGAAUUAUUCGCAGGCAGCUCACAACGCACCGAUAGCGACACUACCGAUUUCGCCCAGCAACUUCGAUCACACUUCGAGCAGUUUCGGCCAUUCCAAGCUAGACUACACGGGCAACCCAAAAUCUUCGUCCAUCCGGAGCUACAUUCUUGCUCUCACGUCUUCGUACGAAAAGAAGGCUUAUUAAAAUCGCUCCAACCGUUUUACGAGGGGCCAUUUGCUGUUAUCUCAAGACACGAGAAAUUUUUCCAUGUUGACCAAAACGGCCGCAAGGACAAAGUAUCCAUAGACCGCCUCAAGCCAGCAUUUACUUCUAACAACGACGUGCAGCCUACAUCACCUCAUCAUACACCCACGCCACCUCAUAAACCUUCAGCUCCUCCAGAAUCCCCGGCUGCGCCUCAUCAAACAACGACGACUAAAUCCGGACGACGCAUCAGAUUUCCUGGCAAGUUUGCCAAUUUUCAUACCGCUGCACUGGAGGGGGAGUAG